AUGGCGAACGAUAGAGUUGCCAGUCGUCUCGAUGCACUCCUCAGCAUGACACCUCUCCGAACCACAUUCAAAGACCGCCACCAAAGAUCCGCCUCAACAUCCAAAGUCCCUCGAACUCCUACCAGCGACCAACGUACCGACUCAGUCACCUCAUCUCCAUCAAAAUACUCCUGCCACUCAGCCUCCUGCUCAACCACAAUCUCCGCCUCCGAAGUCCCCACCCCAACAGACGAAACCCACUCUCCCCUCAUCGUAAUCGACAACGCCUCACCCACCGAUACCACAUGGACAUCCAAAUACCCCGAAAACGAUUCAACAACCAAAACCCCCAACAACAACGAAAACCUCCCCCUCACAAACCCAACCCUCUCCCCCACCACCCCCUUCCAAAACCCCACCACAACCCUCUUCGACACCACCCGCCAACGCUUCCGCAACGGAAUCUCCACCCUCGACAACCUCCUCCGCUACAUGGAAGCCUACGGUCCCACAACCUGCAAAUCCUACAGAAAAGGGAUCGAUUCACUGUUAGAGAAUCUUGUAGCCAUGGCGAAAUGGUUAGUUGGGUACUUGGAAAUGGCGAGGAGUACUACUGUCAGCAUGGUGGAUGAGUAUGAAUGUGGUGGUGGUGGUGGUGGAAUUGGUGGGGAUGAGGCUUGGACGAGGAGUGCGGUUGUGGGGUUGAGGGUGGAUUUACAUCAGUAUUCGUGGAAGGUUAUGAAGUUGACGAUGUUGUUGAGGGAGGGAGGUGGCGGGGUGUGA